AUGGCUGAAGACUUGGACGAGGUGCUUCUACAGACACUCGACAUGCUCGAGUGGCGCCUUCGCCGCAUCGAGUUUGUCCUUGGCGGCAACGUUGAGAGCCAGCAGACCGACACGCCUGUCGCGUCGCGCAUACAGAAGCUUGAAAGCCGUCUCUCGAGCGUCGCCGGCAACUCACGCGCCAUCAACGACAUUCUCCAGCUACAAUCCAAGCACGCCGAUAUCUUCGCGCCGCCAGAGCAGCCGGCGCGUCCGCCCCCCAGCAGCAUGGGCGAUCCGACACCCGAGAUUAAGCUCGCUACUAUCCUCACUGAAGCCCCGGCGUAUCCCGCUACAGCUUCGCAAUUGACGUCGUUGCACGACCUCCCUCUACCGCCGACGGAAUCCUUCACGUCGUUGGUCGCGCUCUCGCCCCGUAUCGCUCAGCUGGACCAAACACAACUGGCUCAGGCACACGAAAUAUCAGACCUGAGGAAGCGAAGUGGCAAGGCUGUGUUGAGAUGGCACGAGGUCAUGGUGUUGGGCCAAGGCAGGUGCUGGGCUGAAUGGGAUUCGCGAGUACGAGAGUCCGAGAGGGAAGUUCGCAGGGAAGAGAUCAAGAUCGAGCGCGAAUCUGGCGGCGCCUGA